GGCACCGCUAAUUGACAGUUGGUCCGACCAAUAGGCCGCUUGCUGAGACCCAUGACGUCACAACGGGCGGGACAUCCGCAGCGGUAAAGCUCGAGCUAAUAACAUGGCGAAGACUUACGACUACUUGUUCAAACUACUUUUAAUCGGCGACUCCGGGGUGGGGAAGACGUGCGUGCUGUUCAGGUUUUCAGAGGACGCCUUCAACUCGACGUUCAUCUCCACUAUAGGUAUUGAUUUCAAGAUCAGAACAAUUGAGUUAGACGGGAAGAAGAUCAAGCUACAAAUAUGGGAUACAGCAGGACAGGAGCGAUUCAGGACAAUCACGACAGCCUACUACAGAGGAGCCAUGGGCAUCAUGCUAGUAUACGACAUCACCAACGAAAAGUCCUUUGACAACAUCAAGAACUGGAUACGAAACAUAGAAGAGCACGCCUCUGCAGACGUGGAGAGGAUGGUCCUCGGCAACAAAUGCGACGUCAAUGACAAACGACAGGUGUCGAAAGAAAGGGGAGAGAAGCUGGCCCUGGAGUACGGCAUCAAGUUCAUGGAGACCAGCGCCAAGGCCAACAUCAACGUGGAGAACGCCUUCUUAUCACUCGCCCGAGAUAUCAAAGCAAAGAUGGACAAGAAGCUGGAGGGCAACAACCCCCAAGGCAGCAGUCAAGGAGUGAAGAUCACAGAGCAGCCCAAGAAGAGCAGCUUCUUCCGCUGCUCGCUCCUGUGAGCCGCCGUCGGCAUCCACCAUCGAUCGCCUUAACUUUUUGUCCUCCCCCCUGCCACUGGACAGAACUGGACAGAGCCUGCUCAGAUCUCUCCUUUCAAACGUCUUAACCCGUCUUCCUCUUCGCUCGGCUGCCCCCCAACACCACCACCCCACCCCCAUCCGUCGCUUUAUACCAGUCUUCCCGUGACUCCUGUGAAUUGAUCUACAGUGGCCUGUUACAUACGUGCUGAAGCCAAUAAGUUUUGUACAAAUGCUGGUUCAAAGUGACGACUGUAGAUUUUAUUGACUUUUAAAGAUCCCCCCCCAAAAAAAACUGACAUUUUUUUAUUAGCUUUAUCUGAACAGCACUAUCCAACCCAAAGUGUACUAAUUGAUCUUUUUUGUUUGUUUGUUUUUGGUGAAUUUUCAAUAAGUUAUCCUUUUUUUUUUUUUUUUUUUUUGAUAGCUGACGGGGAACUCUAAAUUACCACGGUCAGUAAAGGCACCAUUUAAUACUUCUUGCAGUGGUACCUCGACUUUCUAACAAAUUUAGUCAUCGCUUACUUUUUUUUUUUAAGUUGCAAGCAUUUGAUUGGUAGACUGCGGCAGAGUUUGCUACACUCUGCACCCAGCAUCCCGUAUUUUGCUCACAAAUCAAAGCACACGAGUUAUGUCGUAUAAACACUGGGUUUAUGCUUAUAUGUCCACCCUCCCUCCUCAAGCUGAGACAUUCCGUUUUCUUUUUUUUUUUUUUUUUUUUGUGAAGACUUGGAUGUGCAAUGUGAUGAUGUCAUUAGAGGCCAGUCUGGCUCGGUUCGUUGACAUUUUUUUUGAUAUUCAUGGCACAAAUACGGCUGCCGCUUUGUCGUACACACUUCCUCCACCCCCCCCCCCCAGGAGGAAACAAAGUCACAGCAGCACAAGAGGGGGGGGGAUUGCAGUGACAAUUUAACAUCUCUUUUUUUUUUUCCCCCCCUCUCGUUCCCCCAUGCAUUUCUACUUCUUCCUGUUGCCGGUUUCCAAUGGGGGGAGUCACAUACACGACUGUUUUGAGGGCCUUAGAUUGGGGGCUGUGCUGUAGCAGUAUUUAUCGAGCAAAGAAAAAAAAAAAAAACAGGACAUAGCACCAAAAUGACAAAGUGCCCUUUUAUGUUCUUAUCAAUCAUGCACUUUUUUUUCUUCCUUUUCCUGUGUUCUUUCUGUACAAAGACAAAAAAUAUCAUCGGAUCUAUCGUUUCUUCACAUUUGUUGACUGUUUUUGCUGCAAGUCUUAACUGAAAGCGUUCAUGCACAAAAAAAAAGAAAAAAACACCCACGCACUGAAAUGCAUUUUAUGAAAAUGAAGAUGGCAUGUCUGCAGUUUCCCUUCUAGUGAAUUUGAAAUGUUUUCAGCAAUGCAAACAUUUAGUUAUGUCCUCUAUGUCUUAGCGCAGCCAUCUGAACUAUGCAUUCCGGGUGCAUGCACACCUCAAGAGCUUUAUUUGAGAAUCGUGCACAGUAUGCAGAUGAUGCGGAAGUUAUUCAGACCCCCCUUCAAUUUUUCAAGCAUUUAUUAUAUUGCAGCCAUUUGCUAAAAUCUUCUCCCUCAAUGUACACACAGUGCCCCAUUUUGACAGAAAAUUUAAAUAUCUGAAUAUCACACUGCAAUAAAACAUUUUGCGUGACAAACAGAACAAAUGAUUGUGAGAAAUUUGUGGCAUACAACUGCAAAACAAUUCUCGUUUUUCUGUCAAUAUGGGGUACCAUGUGUACAUUAAUGGAAAAAAUGAUUUUAGUGAAUAGCUGUAACAAAAAAGAAAAAUGUAAGGGGCUCUGAAUACUUUCUGUAUCCGCUGUAUUUGUGAUUUCUUUGUCUUAAUGUCACUCCAAAUUCAGCUCCAAUGUUAAAAUAUCGGAAAUAGUUGAAGUUUGUUCAAAAUCACCUAUGUGUUACUUACCUGUGGAUUUAAAUAAAUUUGCCAGAUUAAAAAAAAAUCUUCAAUUUGGGUAGUUCCAAAAUAUUUUGUUUCCCAUAUUAAAUUGAGAUUUCGUUGCGUUCGGCGGUCCUGACAUCAUUCAGCGAUUGUAAAUAAGAUCAACGAUUGUACUGUAGUUUCAUAAAUCUCAUUGGUCUACACACCUGUAGAUAUGUGUUCUUUGGAUGAUUUAUUAAAAGAUGGGAUUGAAGGUG